CAGACCACAUCCGAUCACACACAGCCCAUCCAGCAGCUGUACAACGAAUUUCAGCAGCAGGACACGCACAAAUCUUCCACCAUGAGCGAGACGACCGUGUUCAACGUGGGGAUGACUUGCGACGGGUGCGCCAACGCAACGAAAAGGAUCCUGGGCAAGAUGGAAGGCGUAUCGGCGGUGGAGGCGGACGUGCCUGCCAAGACGGUGACGGUGUCGAGCGAUGGAUCCACGACGAAGCAGGCCAUGCUGGACGCCUUGCUCAAGUGGUCCGCGGCCAGCGGCAAGAGCGUCGAGCUCGCCAGCUAGAAUAACCCUCUUCUUUGUCGUGGUUCUUUGUGUCGGAACCACUGGUUGGCUUUGCGCGUAUGAAGAAAGCUCUGCCGUGGUUGGUCGACUGUAUUUUGUAGGUCUCAGGCGUGGCGGCGCGAAGCCCAGGGUGGCGGGGCAGGGUUGUUUUUUUUGGGCUUUGUAAAUUGGAGGGCAUCAUCUCUUGUCUCUGCUUGAGAAUCACUUUCGUGUCGUUGUUUGCUGCUGCUGUAGGCGUGUGUUGACGUGGGUUCGCGCGCACGGUGAUAGCGGGUGGGGUCCUGGAAGCCUUAUUGUGUGUGUGAGCCGUGGAGAACACCGAACGAUU